AUAUCAGUGAUAACGUUUUAAGGCACUGGUAGGGAACAUAUUGUCAUCCAUCAGCCCACUAGUGCUCUAAUGUUAUAUACUGUACUACAUAGCAAUGGAGCAGAGGAAGAGAGUGCUUACAUUUUUGACAUUUUUUAUAUGUACGGCAUGUCUGGCCUUUUUGACGGCAUCAUUGGCCACACAUAAGUGGAUUGUGGCCAAACCAGUUAGGAUUGCUUUGAUCAACACGUCAUUGACUAUCAAUGAAACAAUCGGUGAUCCCGACGACAACUCCGGUAAAUUUCGCGGAGAAAUAUACUUUGGGCUCUUCUAUGGCACAAAAGUUUUGAACUAUGGUUUUGGUAACAGAAUCACUGGCAUAUCAAUGAAACAAGAAUUGUCCAAAAAUGACAAUUUCAUGGUUUUUGGUUUAUGGCUGUUCACUGUCCUGUGUGUGGCCAUUGCGAUGUUGUUUGGGAUCGUUAGCUCAGUGUUUGCAAUCAUCAACACUGUUAUGACUCCCAUUGAAGUCAUUACUGGAAUUCAGGGCCUAUUCUUGUGGAACGGAUUAGCAGCACUGUUUUGUAUGUUUGGUGGCAUCAGUUGGUUAUUUCAAUACAAGAAUAGUCUUCGUCGUAAUGUCUUGACUCAAGACGAACAAUCUGAUGGUUGGACAUCGGAUGGCCGUUCGUGGUUUGGCUACAGUUACUUCUUCGUCAUAAUAGCUUUAGUAUUAUUUUUACUGAACAUUAUUUUAGUCUACUUAGCCAUCAAACCGUCAAAAAUUCGUGAGACUCGAACCGCGACCGAUAAGAAUCCUGAGGGAGUUAUUAUGUUAUAUUAA